AUGUCUAUAUGUGUUGGUAACGUACGGCUCGCACUGGCUCGGUCCAUUCAAGGCUGGUGUGGGCCCACCGGGGCGAGCCGGGGCUCUCACAGCGCGAAGGUUCCGUACGGGGUUAAGCAGAGUGCAGGUUACAAGGAGAGCAGGCUGCAGCGGAGAUUGGCUCUGGAGGCGGCCCGCAAGCAGAGGGAGGCCAGGGGUUUGAUUUUGGACACCAGGAGCAGUUUGUUUAUGUGUCUCAGGCACAACACGGGAAUAAAUUGGUUCAGGGCCCAGGAAAUUCUUAAGCACUUGGAAAUGCACGUCAGACAUCCGUCCGAUGGAAUUGACGCUAGCCUCCGCGAUAAGAUAACAGCUGCUGCCAACCUCGUAAAGGCCAAGUCGCGCCAAUAG